AUGCCGUUCGCCGCAAAAGCAGCAGCAACGGCAGCAGCGGCAGCAGCAGCAACAGCAGUUUCUUCUGCCGUUCAAGGGCCCCUAUCCACUUCACCCCACAAAACAGCCAAUGACUCCGAGCAGCAGCCUCAACGAGGCGGCAGCAACGGGGGGCCCCCAGAGCCGCAUGAGGGGGGGCCUCCUGGGGAGAAGGGGGCCCCUACUGUGAGCGGCUUCUCCUUUGCUUCUCCUUCAGCGAAUUCAGCAAAAGAGAAUGAAGAUAGUCAAAGAGAGUCCGAAAACAACGGCUCCGCAAGAAAGCCGCAGCAGCGAAAGCGUUUUGUUCCUGCGGCUAUUGCAGCCCAGAGCAGCUUAGGCUCUGCACGCCUCGCCUUUGCUGCACCCGCAGCAGCAGCAGUAGUAGCAGGUGCAGCAGGCACAGGUUCGGGUGCAGCAGCAAGUGCUGCAGCAGGAGCAGGAGCUGACGCUCGCAAGAGCGAAUUUCAAAGGGCCCGAGAGUCCCUCCUAGCCGCAGGGGCCGUUCAGAAGCUGCAGGAAGUUGCUGCAGGCAAGGGCCCCAUAAACCCUAGCCGCCGCACGCCCCAGCCACAAGACAUCUACACAGUACCCGUAACAGCAGCAGCAGCAGCAGCAUUAGGAUCAACUGCGCCUGUUUCCGCUGCAGCAACUGCAGCAACUCCAGCGGGAGCAGCCGCAGCUGCAGACCCUCCAGCAGCAGCAGCAAAUCUUGCACCAGCAGCAGAGGCUGAAGCAGCAGCAGCAACACUGACAGAAGACAGGCGGGAGGAGACAUCUGAAUCUGCUUCGACGACGGUGGCGCCAAGGGGAGAGUUAGAUGGCGGCUUCCUGCCUCACUACAGCCCCGGCAGCUAUGCUACUCGCCGCCAUUCAUAUUUACCCUCAACCUUUUCGUCUCCGUUGCUGCUGCUGUCUCCUAGAGCCUCUGCAGCAGGGGACACGGCAGCAGCAGCAGAUGUUGCAGCAGAUUCAAAUGUACUGUCUCCGACCAGCAGCAGAAAGAAAAACCUCCUGAGUACUCCCGCAGAAGGCACACCUAAUAAAGAGGGGCCCCUUGGUGCUAUAUGGGCUUCCGACACUGCUGCUGCUGCUGCAGCUGCUGCUGCAGCAGCAACGGAAAGGGCUGCAGAAAGUGCCAUGCAGGACCCAACAGCAGCAGCAGCAACAGCAGCAGCGCCCGCUGCAGGAGUAACAGCACCUGGUACAGCAGCAGCAGCACCUUCUGCUGCUGCUCAAGCAGCAGCACGAGGAACAAUAGGCGAGGAGCCGCGUAUUCGCGGAGCCCCCAGCGAAAGAGAAGGUGCAGCAAGUAAGCGCCGCCGCAUGGGCACCAGCGCUUCAUCUACUGCUGCUGCUCCUGCUGCUGCUGCUGCUGCUCGUCGCUUUUGGCUCAGCUCUCAGCAGCACCGGAAGGAGCAGCAGCCGCAGCAGCAGCAAGAGCAGCGCCCAGCCCGAGUUGGCAGACAGCCUGUGGCUGUGUCUCCCCUUCCUGAAGGAGGUGUCCGCGCAGGUGGUUCUGCUGCUGUCAGUGCACCUGCAGAGGAGCCGCGGGGUGCAGCAGCAACAGGAGCAGCAGCUGCUGCAGCAACACGGGUUGCUGCGGCAUCGCCUCUUGUCGCUGCUGCCUCUGGUCCUCCAAGAGCAGCCCGCAGCACCGGCCCACCACUAGGCCUGGGUAGCAACAGCAGCAGCAGCAGCAGCAGCUUUGACUUGCGUGCGCUGAGGGAGCAGUGCUACAGAGGGGAUGGGGGGCCUCUGCUGCAGUCUGUUACCUCGUUGUCUUCUGGAACCCGCAGGAGCUCGCGACACCGCCGCAGCAAAAGCCCACUAUUAAGUGCUGCAGCUGCUGCUGCUCCUGCUGCUCCGCCUGCUGCUGAUGCUGCUGCUGCAUCCCAUGCAACAAAGGCUACAGAGACUUUGGCUGCCAUGCCGGCUUCAGGAGAUGAGCAGCAGCAGCGGCAGCAGCAACAGCAGCAGCGGCAAUUGUCUCCGCGUUCACGCGCCCAUCAGCAACUCUCCCCUCUGCUGGUGCACGGGCAACGACUGCAGCAGCAGCAAGAGCUGCGUUCGCCGUUGCUUCUGUACCAGCAGUUGCAGCAGCAGCAGCAGCAGCAGCCUGAUGAAGAGCAGCAAAACAGGGAACAGGAGGGGCACAUAUCUGCUUUUGCUUCACAAGGGGCCCCUAAAGCCCCCUCAGAAGUUGCUGCAGUGUCUCCUCCUAUUGCGGGUGCUGCUGCGUUUGCUGCUGCUGCUUCACGUGCACCCACUGCACUUGAUCUGACGGGCGGGAACAAGGGGACGUCAACAGUCUCACACAGCAGCAGCAACAGCAGCAGCAGCAGCAACAGCCCUAUCAGCACCUCUACGAACACAGGCAUAGCGUCUGCCGCUGAACAACAGCGACGGCAGCAGCAGCAGCAGCAGCAGCAGCAGCAGCAGCAGCGUGCGUCCGGUUGGGCUGAAGCGCGCCUUGCACGACCCCGCCAGACACCUCAGGUCACAGCAGCAGCAGCAUCAAUAGCCGCAGCGUCAGCGCCAACAACAGCAGCAACAGCAGGACCAACACCAGCGGCGGCGACAGCACCAGUAGCAGCAGCACCAGCAGCAGAAACGCCAGCAGCAGCAGCAACACCAGCAGCAGCAACACCAGCAGAAGAAACGCCAACACCAGCAGGAGCAGCAGCACCAGCUGAAGCAACAGAGCGGGGUGCUGCCGAGCAGAGACCAACCGCAGCGGCACGAGAAGUAGCAGAAAUCGGAACUGCUGCGGCUGCUGCUGCUGUUCCUGUUGCUACUCGUCUGCUGCUUCCCAUUGCUGCUUCGCGAGAGUCUUCAUCUGAUGUCCCUCGAGCUCCACCCGCUUCUCCCUGCAGUAGGGGGCAGUCCCCAACGCGAGAUGAGCACCAUGAGCAGCAGCAGCAACAACAGCAACUGCAGCAGCAGAAGCAACAACAACGGUUGCAGCCGCCGCAGCAGCAGCACCGACCGCAGCUACAGCCGCUGCAGAAGCAGCAGCAACAGCGACUGGAGCUGCAGCAGCAGCAACAGCAGCGACACCAGGAGCCCUCAGGCGAAACGCAGCAAGAGAUGUCCACUGAGCAGACAGCUGAGCUGCUGCUGGAGCAUCGGCAGCAGGAAGCGUCGCAGCAGCAGGUGCAGCCGCAAGAAGGGCAGCUACAAGUGCAGCAGCAAAUCCAGCAGCCGCAGCAGGAACAGCAGCAAGAGGAAGAGCAGAAACGAGGCCAGCAGCAACAGCACCGCAAGCCACAAGACCACAGGCAACAAGAGCAACAGGAGCAGCAGCAAGGGUUGGCAGCUGAGACAACGCUUGCAGAUGAACAGCAGCAGCAGCAGCAGCAACAGCAACAGCAACAGCAGCAGGUCUUGCUGCAGCAAGCAGCAGUAAACGGUUUGACACCUUCAGCAGAACCUAGAGGGAGGGACGGGUCCCCCAGCACAUCUCCCUCUUCGCGUACAAGUCCGAGACAGAGCGACUUCAGUGCAGCAGCGGCCCCUCAGCCAGCUGCAGCACAGCAGCAACAGCAGCAACAGCAGCAACAGCACCAGCCACAGCAGCAACAGCAGCAGCUGCACCAGCCACAACCGCAACAGCAGCAGAAUCACCAGCCACAGCAGCAACAGCGGCAGCAGCACCUGCAACUGGAACAGGCGCAGGAGCAACAGCAGCAGCAACAGCAGCCGGUUGUGGAAGAGGAGCAGCAGCAACAGCCACAGCAGCAGCCACAGCAGCAGGAGCUACAGCAACAAAAGCCACAGGAGGAGGAGCAGCAACAGCCACAGCCGCAGCAGCAGCAACAGCCGCAGCAACCGCAGCAGCAGCAGCAGCAGGCUGGGGGCACGGUUCUGGGAUCGGCUUCUCCGCUGCGUGUCCCACUGAGGCCUUCCCGUCUCUUUUCUCCUGUCAGUGCAGAGGUAGCUGUAGAACUUCAACUGCCGCUGCUUGGUCAGCCCCCCAGCAGCAACAGCAGCAGCAGCAGCAACAGCAGCAGCAGCAGCAACAGCAGCAGCAGCAGCAACAGCAGCAGCAGCAGCAGCUACCGCCGCACGAGCAGCAAUGCAACAACCGCAAACACCAACGCUGCCAACAGCAGCAGCAGCAGCAGCAGCAGAAGCUGCAACCUGCUCGCAGCCCCCACGGGUGUGCUGGAUAUGGAGAGGCAGCUUCAAGGAGGCGAACAAGAGGCUCGGAUAGGCGAAGCGCAGCAACAGCAGCUUCCGCUGCACCAAGUGCAUCAGCAACAGCAGGUACAGCAGCAGCAGUUACAGAAACAGCAGUUACAGCAGCAGCAGCUACAGCCGCUGCAGGCACCGCAGCAGCAAAUACAGCCGGAGCAACAGCCACAGCAGCAGCAGUUACAGCAGCAGCAACAGCCACAACAGCAGCAGCAGCAACUGAAUGCUGCUUCUUCAGUGCAGGUGAGGGGCCCCUCAUCGAGCGCAUGCAUCUCUGCUGCACAGGAAGGCCUUGGGGGGCCUUGGGCCGAUGCCGGCGAAGGCCCACGCCGCCUCCGCUCUUCCCCAGAGGCGCAUGCUGCUGCAGAGGCAAACUUCCAGCAGCAGCUGAUGCUGCACCAGCAGAGGCAGCAGCACCAGCAUGAACAGCAGCAGCAGCAGCAGCAGCAGCAGCAACAGCAGCAGCAGCACCAACAGCAUCGGGAAAGUGAUGGCCCAUUUUCCUUCCUUGGCCCGGUGGGUCCCUCGUCUCAGCGCAGCAGUCUGCCUCUUGAGGGGCCCCUUGGGGGCCCCUAUGAGGCGGCCCUUAGGGGCCCCGUUGAGGGGCCUUCAAGGCGACCAUCGGAGCACCCCAUGCCUUCUCCUCGUGGCGAAUGGGGCGCACUGCUGUCUUCUCCGUCGAGUAGUCCCUCUGAACUCAUGCAGCAGCAGCUGCUGCUGCAGCAGCAGCAGCAAGAGCAGCAGCAACAGCAGCAGCAGCGGGUUAGUACAUCUUCGGAUGUGCCUUCAGAAGGUCACCGUCUUUCAACUGCGAGCAGCUCCCGCAAGAGGUCGCGGCGUAGCUCUGCUCUUCACAGCAGCAGCAGCAGCAACAGCAGCAGUAGCAGCAGCAGCAGCAGCAGCAGCAGCAGUCCGUGGUCUAGGGUUGCUGCAGCGGUAGCGCACAAGGGCCGGCGAGCUGCUUCUGCUGGCUGGCGUCGUCUGUAUUCUGCUGCUCGUGAAAGGCUUUCUCGUUUAUCUACUAAGGCAUGCCGUCUUGCUGAUUCUGUUGCUGUCUCUGCUCUGCUCUCUGCUGUGGGGCCCCUCAACCCCCAACUCCUGGAGGCCCUCUCGCGCCUGCUGCCCCCCGCAUUCACAAAACUCCCUGACUUCGCGAGAGAAACGCUGGGUGCCUGUGAAGUCCGCCGGAGCGAUCCCUGCAGCAUCAUUUCCAGACGAAUCCUCGCGGGAAGACCGUCAGUGGAGGAGGCUCAGGAGGCGCUGCGGGAUAUCGCAGCUGCGGAGUGCCGCGGGGAUGUGGGAAGUGUUGAGUGGACAAUUGUGCAGCUAGCAGCUCCGACUAUCAUCUACGGCCUCGACGUACUGACAGUACAAGAGGCAGCUUCUCCGGAUUCGCAAGGGGCUUCUUCAAGGACCCCAGGGGGUCCCCGGGGGCCCCCUUUUUUUGUGGAGGGUUUGCGCGCCAAACCCGCAGUAGACGGCAGCCUUGAGCUCAGCGAGGCGGAGACUCCGGGUUGGGUGACGGUGUUGGGUUGCGAGGACCGUUUGCGAGGACACCACAAUUAUUUUUCAGUGGAUGUUGGGGGCCUCGCAUUGACUCAUCUGAGGCUGGGGGUGCGGCGUUUUGGGGGGCAUCCGAACGACAGUUCUGGCGCUGGUUAUAGCUGCUACGAUGCCUGUGCCCGUACAGCAGUGCUGCGCCUUCGGGUGUAUGGACAGCUCGCCCUGGGGAACCCGCCAAGCUCCCCAGAAGAACAUUUGAAAACGGAUGCCGAGCAGCAGGAACAGGAGCAGCAGCAGGAGUGGCACUCGAGAGGGCUGCAGGAGCUGACGAGUUUGCUUCAAGGAGCGGCCGUUAUUUCAGGGCCGCAGUCAGGUGUAUGGGCAUCUCAAUCGCGGCAAGAGCUGCUGAUGAUGAGAAAUGCACAGGGAGCAGAUACUAGAUGGAGCCGCAGCAGCCGCAGCAGCUGCAGCAGCCGGGGUGGCUGCAGCAGCCGCAGCAGCAGCAGCAGUGCGUAUGCUGCUCUGGGUCUGGACAGAGAGGAAGUCGAGUCUGGCAAAGCUGCGGGGGCCCCUGAAGUUUGGAUUGUGCGGCUAAAAGAGAUAAAGGAAGGCGAUGCGUUUAAAAGUCUUCUUUGGCGGCCUUUAGCGACUGCAGCAUUUGCCCCCGAUCAACAUGAAGCGAGCCUGGAGCUUCCAGAAGGACUCGCAACCGAUACACAGGAGGAAGGGGCCCCAACAGCAGCAACGCAUGUGCGUAUUAUCUGCUCUCGCGGAGGCGACUUGAGGGGCCUGGCUUUAUGGGGAUUUCCUGCAUAG